CAUGCGCAUCAUUCACGUUCUCCCGUGCGUGUUAAGAGUGUAUGAAGGUUGAACUGUCAACUAUUCUUAAACUAGAAAACAGGGUACAUACAGAAGUAUCUUUCUUUGGCUUCGUCUACUUGAUAUUUGUUUACAUGCAUUUAUUAUAACGUUUGUAUUUGUUGACAUCGGAUGCUGCUUUCGCGAUUUAUAUAAAGCAAGGCUGAAUAUGGCCGGACUAUCCAAUUAUGCCCUGCGCAUGGCGCGCCUGAGUGCCCGAAUCUUUGGAGACGUGGCUCGUCACACAGAUACCAGAUCUAUGAAAGUCGUAGAGCUGUUUAAAGAGCCCCCCUUGGCCCAGAGAAAGGAGGUGUAUGACUGGUAUCCCCCACACAAGAUCUACUAUUCCAUGACCCAGAAUCUCCGAUACAUAGGGCUCUUCAGAGAUGAGCACCAGGAUUUUAAGGAAGAAAUGAGGCGCUUGAGGAAACUCAGGGGAAAAGGAAAACCCAAAAAGGGAGAAGGGAAGAGAGCCAUGAAGAAGAAGUAGGCCAAGGCACUUCAGCAAUUGGGCGCUCCUUAUUCAUGGACACUUGAAAAUCUAAUGAAGUGACUCUGAACAUUAACUUAAUACCUGUACAGACAGCAGGACAUUAUGACGGUGAUGACAAAGAUGGCUGGAACACAAACCAAAAUGUUAAUUCACUUUUGAUGACUGUGUGAUGGAGAUUAAAGGUUCAUUUUUUUGUACAACUUCAAUCUUCAACUUGAUUUAUAUUGCAGUUCUGCAGGUUGUUACCAUAAGAGCUGAUAAAUGUUGAAAUGUCCCAGAUUUCUCUCACCAUCUCUGUUUUCCAGGACUAUUGAACAAUAUAAGCAAGAAAUAUGUUUAUUUCAUAAAUAAAUAAAAAUAUUAUUAUUUAGGCUAUAAAUUCAUGCACAAUUAAAUCACAUUUUAUAUCAUGCCAAUAAAGCUCCAAAAGACUAUCAUGGAUUAAAAAUUUGGACCGUUAAAAGACAAAAUGGCCUGUGCCUGGAUUAACAACAAAAUGACAUUUGUUACAUUACAUUAGUGCCCAAAAAUCAAUAAAGUAGAUAGUGUGAUGCAACACAAAGCAGAAUGUACAACAGGAUCAUGUUGGAAACCGUGCAUAAAGAAUAUCCUACAUUUAGUAUUUUAUACAUGUUAAAAAGUUCACAUAGUUUACAUUAACACUGAGUGACGUCAUUAAUAAAAACGUGUCUGCUCAUUUCUUUUAUAAGCGGAUUCAAACCUUUAAUCACAAAACAUCACAUUGGCAUCUAGAUUGAGUUUAUAUUUUUAGUCUGUUAUUUCAUCAUAGUGACUGGAUACUCAUAAUCUCAGUCAGUUAAGAGUGUGAUGUGAAAUAAACUUGAAUGCAGUCUUUAUAUUAAUAUGCAGAGCCUUUGGAUU